AAAGUGCAUAUCGUGUACAUGUACAUGUACACGUGACAGAGUUAAGUUGUAUGAGUGUAUUGACAAGUUAUAUAGUCUCAGAGUCAUCGAAGGGCGCGCGAGUCUUUAGUGUUGAAUUAGAAAUAAUCUAGAACCUUCGAUCAUGUCAUCCCGUGGGAGGAAAAAUAAAAAGAACGUAUUGACGAAACGACCUCGCCAUGUGGUUGGAAAAGAGGAAAGAUAUCUCCAAGAAAGAGACAAAUCCGAUAAGGAGGACGAAGAAUCAGAGGAAGACGAAAGAUGGUCUCCCCCAUUCCCGGUCGCUAUGUGGGAUCUUGGACACUGUGAUCCGAAGAAAUGUUCCGGCAAAAAAUUGGUUAGGCAUGGCCUGGUGAAAAUAUUGAGGUUAGGUGUUCGAUUUUCAGGUUUGGUUCUGACCCCAGUUGGCCAAAAGUGUGUCAGUCCAACCGACCGUGACAUCGUACGUGAUUACGGUUGCGCCGUCGUCGAUUGUAGUUGGGCGCGUUUAGGCGAUACUCCGUUCAAUAGAAUGAGGACUCCGAAUCCUCGUCUCUUGCCGUUCCUAGUCGCCGCGAAUCCAAUUAAUUAUGGCAAACCUUGUGAACUGAGUUGUGUGGAAGCUAUAGCAGCUGCAUUGUUCAUAACUGGAUUUACAGAGGAAGCCAAAUUCUAUCUUGGCAAAUUUUCUUGGGGCCAUACGUUUUUGGAAGUAAAUGAUGAAUUGCUGAAGAAAUAUUCACUGUGUACAAAUUCGGAAGAAAUUAUAGCGACGCAAGAAAAAUUUAUUGCCGACGCGAGGCAGGAAAAGAUCGAUAGACUCGCUGUUUCAGACUAUCCGCCGACUGAUUCGGAAACGGAAGAAGAAGAGGAGGAGGAAGAAGAGGAGGAGGAAGAAGAAGAACAAAAAGAAGGAAAAGAAAAAGCAAACAGUUCAACAUCUGCACAGGGCGUUUCUGAAACAGGCAAACAUUUAAACGACUUAAAUAUAACUUAAAGAUUGUACAUAUUUCCGGCUUUCCUGUACUCGUCCGGAUAGCAUGAUUCGCAUCACGCGUUAGCGCGUCUUAAACAUACAAGAAGACAUACGCCGUAGAAAAGAAGAAAACGAUUGAAACAUGUACAAAGUGCUCGACUACGUAUAGUGUAUGUUUUAGUAUGUAACUUUACAAGUCAGAAAUAAGGAUUUUUCUUUCAGUUAUUAAUUUUUAAAACCACCAAUA